AUGACACAUAAAAAAGAGGAGAACGACGAAGAAUGGUUGAAUGUAAAAUACGAGGAGGAAAUAUUCAUUCAAGAGAUUAUGCAGAAUAAUCGUAAAUUCGUGGAUAUGGGAGCACAAAUUUAUAAAAAGUUCAAUAGCUCAGAAAAUAUGACAUUCAUAGAAGCCCGAAUUAAAAUACUCCGCAUUGCCUGCAAAAUUGAUUAUUUGAGUCGAAUGAUUUCUGCAAAAGGUCAACUACCAAUGAAAGAAUUAUAUGAAAAUGUUCGAUGUCAAUUUGAAUCCGAAGAACAUCUCGAAAAGUUUAUCAUUGAAAUGUGUCCCAUUUUCCUCUACUUUCCCGGCCGACAAAAUCCAAGAAAUACAUCUGAUGGUUUCAGAAAAUUAGUAUUUGAAUUAGCGCGAAUUUUGAGAUCAGGGUUUCCUGUAAAUGAAGAAAAUAUUGAAAAUAUGUGAGUUUUUUUUGAGAACGUACGUGCACGUAUGAAAUUUUAUUUAUUUUCAGAAUUCAACAAAUUCAUCCAGAUGUUGAAGUAAAUAAAGGAACUUUUGGAAGGCACGAAUUUUAUUUGGACUUCAAAAGUCUUAAAAGUUUAGCCGCCCAAGUACAUUGGUUCAAAUAUGGUGAGUAUUUUUUGAAUGAAUUUGGAGCUCUACAUUUUGCUCCUCAAAAAUGUGAUCAAUUUCUAAGUUAAUUCUGAAAACGCCCACCAAAAAACCAUUAAAAUUCCAGAUUCAAAAUCAAAAAGUCUGCAACUAACCCCAGAAUCAGAAGAUUCUCUAAUUCUAUCAAUCGAUAUUCUCCGACCGCGAAAUAUUUUAAAACGCGACGCGAGUCGAUUAUUUUGCUGCAAUGCUGUUGUAACUAAAAGUUAUACUUAUUAUCUGAAAGUGGGUUUGACUUCAUCAAAAAAAGAAAUAAAAAUUAUUUUGAAUUUUUUAAGGCAAGAAUUGUGGGCGCGAAUAAAUUAUCAGGAUAUGGCGCAUAUAUUUUAUCAAUGUUCCAAGAUGGAAAUGAAGCUGCACUAAUUGGAUUCAACAUACCAGCUAAAACUUAUAUAAGUGUAAUUGGACAACUAACUCCUAACGAAGCUUGCCAAAUAACAGUCCGAUCAAUAACUUCAAGUAUAAUUGGUCAAAAAAUGUUCGAAACUGAUCCAACAUUUUGGGGAGAUCGAAAUGAUUUGAAAAUGGUUUAUACUAGUUCUCCUGAUAAGAUUAAAGAUGAAGAAACAGAAGUUGUUGAAAAACCAGAAUUCAAAAUUCCUAGUAUUCAAGAACUGUGUGAUAUUUAUGAAGAAGAAAUGAAGAUGCAAAAAAUCAGAGAAGCUUCGAGAAAACUUGAAGAAUCUGGAGCAUAUAACACUGAAAACUUGUUUCGAGAAUUAGAAAGACAAUGUUGGACAGCUGAUGUUAAAUGUGAUGAUUGGAUUGAAAAACAUAACGAUGUUGUACAAAAAUCGAAGAAUAAAAAAGGACAAAAGGAAUUAUUAUUUUUGAGACCAAAGCCUUAUCGAUUAACAAUGGAUUUUGAAUCCAAGGAAGAACUCGAAAAUUAUCUGGUAAAUUUUUGAGGAAAGAUUUCUCGAAAAUGUUGAUCCUUGACCAAAUUUCACAGAAAGUUUCUUUGGAAAAAAGUUAUCAGCGAAAGUUUUUUCUAUAUUUAAUUUUUCUGAUUUGUAGGUUGAAACUUCAAUUUUGAAAAUACUUUCAAAAAAAAAUCACAUUUCAAAGUUUUAAAACUGAAAAAAUUUUUAAUUGUGAAGGAAAUUCGGUUUAGAUUUACAUUUUUUUCAGUUAUUUUGGAUUUAGAGUUCGAAAAUUAAGUAAAAAUCUAAUUUGAUAGAAAUCACUUCGAUUUUGAUAUAAAUUUCCGUAAGUCUAACUCAACGAGUGUUUGCCACGUCAUCAUUUUUAUCUAAAAUUUUCAGGACAAAUUUCAAGAAAAAGUUACCCUAACUCCGUUUUUUUCGUAAUCCCUAUCUAAUAAAUGUUCAUUUUCAGGUUUCCAAUUCUCCUUCUACUUGCCACAACUAA